AUUGUUGAUAUCAGUAGUAAAUUUUCUGCGAAUUGAAGAAAAUAAUAAUAAUAAUAAUAAUAAUGUUAAUCAAAUUUAUUUUUCCAUCAUUAAGAUCAAAUACUAAUCAAGAAGUUUGUCGUAUUCAUUAUAAUCGAUCUUUGAAAUCAUUAAAUAUGGAUUGGAUUGCUAAAGUUAUAUUUCAGAUUACUAAUUUAAAACGAGAUACAUUAUUUAGUCUUUAUUAUUAUGUUUUCUUUCUUAACUUCAGUGGAAAAAGAAAUGAAUUACAAUCAUCCCGUCUAGAACUAUAUGCUCAGAUUUCAAAGUACGAUAUCCAGUCAAGUAAACAAGAUAGUUACGUAUAUACAUAGUCACUUCUGACGUAACACAUAAUAAUAAUUAAUCAAUCAAAAAUGUGAUCUAAAUAUAUAUAUAGUGAAAUAAAGUCAAAAUACUGAGUGGAUACAUAAAGAAUUGUUUAUUUAGACAAAUUGUGAACAAACUGAAUACAGAACUGAGAUGAAUAAACAUGAAAAUAAUAAAAAUGAGCUAAGAAUCUCUUUAGAUCAUUUUAUAAUUUACUCUUGAUAUUGAUGAGUUCACUGAACGAUAUGGUUUAAUCGUCUACCUUUAGUUGUCAUUAGGAACAACAUCGUGAAUGUUUACUUCAUGUAUGAUGGAGCUGUACAAUCGUCAACUAAAUAAUUAUGUUUCAAAUCACUUUUCUGUAUCUUAUUUUGUUGAUCAUUUUCAGAAAAAUUUCUACUCUUCCUCAUACUGGACAAGAAAACUACUUUUCAUAUCUCUCUUCUACGUGUUAUUUUCACUCGUACUGCACUUUUAAUUUUUGACUAACUUAUAUUAUCUUUGUUACUAAUACAGUAACCUUUAUUUUCGACUAUAUUAUCUGCGAAGUAACUAUAGAUACGGUUAUACUAAUCCAGUAAAUGACGUCAUCAAAAUUAACAUUCCCCUUGUUUCACUGUCUUGAUUUUGUUCAGCAACGUAAUGGUUCUUUUCCGUUGUUUUAAAACAUAUGAAUUCCUUGGAAAAUACAGUUUUAAUGGAGUUAAGUACCUAUGACCGAUAAUGAUGACUCUUUUAUGAUAAUAGAAACCUUUGCUAUCGUAGUUGAAUUGUUAAAAUUACUGAAGUGACUAACAUAUGAUAAUUUCCUCACGGAAAUAAUUUCUAAUCACAAGCCUGUUAUGGAUGCUGAGGAAUAAUGUGCCAAUCAUUAUCAUGUUAAGUCUAAUGAUGUCCUUGGACGUUAAAUGAACAUUUCCUAUUGGCCGUUAUUUAUUUCACUCGUUAAAUAUUGUGUAAAUGUUGUUCUCUAUUUUAUGGUACGAUGUGGUUUGUUUGUUUGGUAUAUAAAUAGAGUAUGGCUGAAAUAUAAUGAUUCAUUACUCAGAGGCUGUGACUUGCAUUCUAGACUCAACUGGCUGGGCUAGACAGGGGAGCGGGACCAAUCAGAACCCUAGGCCGUUCAUUACGUGUUUUCCGUGUACCUGAAUCGAUCAAUAAAACGCUGCUCCAUCUAACCUGCAAUCCACCCGUUACAACAAAGCCAAUAAAUUUCAGAAAACGUAGUAACUUAGUAAAUUCGAAGGUGAUAACGAAUUUGUGCAAAUCACAACAAAAUCAUGUUUGAAAAAAAUGGCUAAAUAUUUUAGUGAUAAUGGUCAAAUCUGUCGAAUUUAUACUAUUCCUCAUUUGUACUCCGAUGGAAAACCUCUGAAUUCAUUUUUCAAUUUUUGUAGAGCUGAUGAAUUACCAAAUAUUUUAAUACAACCACUUACUAUUGAACACGAAAGAUUGAAUGAAACAUGGUUACAAACUCCAUGUAAAUUAUGUGAAAAAUUCAAAUGGUCAGGUGAACGAUAUACUUGUUUAUUUUGUCCAAAUAUAGUCUUAUGCAGAGAAUGCUUUUAUACAGGUUAUCAUAAAGAACAUCCUCUUUUAUGUACUCGUAAUAAUAAAUUAUUUUCACAGAAAUUAUUACAAUGUUCACGUUUAGCUGUAGCAUCAGUACCAUGGAGGAAUACAUUACCAAAAGUUAACAGAGAUCCGGAAACUGAUGAUAGAAUAAGACAAUCAAUUAGUAUGAUACGAAAUAAAGAGAAUAAUUAUUUCAAUCAAAAAGAUGAAGUUUCAAAGAGUGAAAAACAAAACAAACGAAUAACAUUGUUUAAGAAAUCAGCUUAAAUGGAUUGUUAUUGAAAUAAAUUUUCUUUAUUCUGUUCACAAUAAUCAUAGUUUGGUUGAGUCAAGAAUUGUAACAUAUUGUUCAACUAAAAUAAAACAUGCUAUUAAAUAAGAUAUUUCUCUAUUUGCUGAGCGAAUUUUCAUUCUUGUUAUUUAUGAAUAAUUACUUUAAGAAAUAUCAGUUAUCUCCGACUGUGAACCUAGGUGACAAGGGAUCGAAUCCGUCAGCGACCAUCAGUUCCCUCAAGAUUAGAGUUACACCUUGCUGAUAACUGCCAAGUAGCACGAAACCUUGGUCCAGGGUUUCCUGUUCACUACCAUCUUAUUUCAACAUAAUGCACGCAAUGUCGAGUCACCUAGAGUAGUGACCACAUUGCAACAUGGUUGAUAGUAUUCGAUCUGCACUAAGAGGGACCUGAUAUACAUGGCAUCGAUCACCACCCAGUGAUCAAUCAAUUGCAAAUUACAAUUUCAUAAUGUGUAGGGAGAUUUGGUACUUAAGUUUCAUGGGGAAAUUAUAAAAUUUAGGGAAUUUUCAUGUUGUAGUGGCUGUGCUUCGUUAAUCAUUCACCUUUGUAACUGUUAUUAUAUACAUUUCAACGGUGUUUGAAAUCAGAAGGCAAUAAGAAGCGGUGAUAACAGUCUAUUGGCGGAUAGUACGAAUCACAAAGCUAUAGGGGCAUUGAUCGAAUUUGUAGCAGAGAAGCAAAUAUUCUUAUUUGCUAUUCAUUUAUUUAGUGAAUAUUCAAAUAUAUAUUUAAU